AUGAGGGUGACAACGUUGCUAAACGCCGGCUUAGCAGCAUUGGUAGCGACGGUGCAGCUUUCGGUGACGUCUGCACGUGGUGUCCAUGUGAACUUGACGGCAAGUUGGCCCAGCUCCCCGUUUUUCCCGCUUCUAGAGACGAGCGAGUUUCUAGCAGAGGAAAAUCCGCUUUACUUCUGGAAAUUUGUCGAUGAGCUCAGUACACGCACAUCGUACGUUAAUGACAUAAGGAACGACGUGGAUGCACUGGGGGCACUUGCAGUGUUUAUUGCUGAGAGUAUCGCUCCUGGCUCUAAAAAUAUCUUGGAACUGAUGCUGGCAACACGCGCUUAUUCAGUGAAGGUGGAGAUGUUCCGUCAAUUAGCUCUGGACUCGAAGGCACGUCUGUGUGGAGCGGAUGUGGACACGUGGGCGGUAUUUUAUCAAGAACCACAAUGUGUCGAGUCUGUGGCUUGCUCGGUUAAUGAGUUGGAGGCUAUUCUACAUGGAAACAAGCAACAGGAGACUCACGAAGUGUGUGUGGCCGCUGGUAGCAAUGAUGUCGAGUUGCAGGUGGACCACAAGUAUCCGCACAUUGCGUCAAGCGCUGUGAAAACGCCCAUGUCGGUGAUUCUAUAUGGACUUGUGGGCACGGAAAAGUUCUAUGCUUUUCACACGAACCUUGCCAAGAAAGCAAAGAAAGAUGAGAUUCAGUAUAUGGUCCGUCACUAUCCGCGUGAUUCGCCGUUGGAUACGUUAUUACAAGGAUAUGGUGUGGCGCUAGAUAUCAAGAAUAUGGAGUACAAGACUUUUGAUGAUUCGAAAAAGACAGGAGAGGAGAAUGCCGUUGGCGAUGGUAAAGGGGAUGAGGAAGAGAAUGAAGAGGAGGAAGAUAUUGAGGACGAAGAGGUCGGAGGAUUCCUGUUUAAACCUCUUAUGGCUCGUCAUAAAGCUAUUGCUGAUGAUUUGAAACAUUUUUACGACAUCUUGGUCAAAAAGGCAGAUGGCGAUCAAGAGCAGGAGCUGAAGGCCUGGCAUUUGAAGGAUGUAGGCGUGAGUGCUGCGCGUGCAAUCAUGGAUGCAAAGAAUCCACUGAAGAUGCUUGAAACACUUUCACAGGACUUCCCUGUGCAAGUAAAAAAGCUGGUGUUUUCGCGAAAAAUAAUUUCCCCCGAGCUUCGUAAAGAAAUUUCUGUUACGCGAAUGCAAGCUGCAAGUAGACUACUGACAAACAAGUUCAUCAUGAAUGGUAUUGCGGUGGACCCGAUGGAACGCUCUUUCAAUGUAUUUGACUUCAUGAAGACACUAAAAGAAGAGUGGUCGGUAGCGAAGCAGCUAGGCCGUUUAGCCUUGAACCAAUCGGAACUGGAGGACAUGCUGACACAUGUGCGUGAAACGAACCAAGAGCAACCUGUGGUUCGUAUCCACAUGCGUGGAUCCAUGAAUGGAACGACCCCUUUGUACCUGAACAACAUUGAAAUUGAUUCGAACUAUGCCGACUGGCCGCCUGAUGUAAACCUGCUUAGACGUCCUGCUUGGAACCUCAUUUUUGUUCGCAAGAAUAUGUAUGAAUGCAUUCUUGUACUUGACCCACUAACAGGCGCAGGCCGUGCAGCGCUAACCCACAUUGCGUUUAUGCGUAUGCGUGGUGCUCCUGUACAAUGGGCACUUCUCAUUUCUUCGAAGGAGCUCAUGGCGAGCAAGACAUCUGAUGAUCGCCGAGCUCUGUUAAAGAAGUACAAGUCAUUGAAGGAUUACGAAAAGGCAACUCCCUGGCAUUUUGCUAAGCUGUUGAUGCUGGCGCAGUCUAAGGAUACUGCUAGCGCGGAAAACAAGACUCCAGAGAGUGGGAACGAGAAGACCGGCGAAGCAGAAGUGGAAACUGACCAUACCGUCUCUACAAGAAAAAUCGCCUCAGCAUUUCUAGAGCGGGUCGGUGGAAUUGAACAGGCUGAGGUUCUGGUAGAAAACUUGCUAGAAGCUUACACCGGUGCUGCUGUCGACAUUGGAACGUUUGAAGAAAACGAAGAGGAGGCGCUGGCAUACCUGAGAAGCGACCAGUUCGACAAUGAAUUGCUGGCCAUGACAGAGUUUAUUCACAUGAAGCACGUGCCGUUGGGCUCAUUCGUUUUCAAUGGUGUGAUUCAAAAGGAUCUGGACAUUCAGCGGUCGAUGAUGAACAGCUUUGGACGUGACCAACCAUUGUAUGUUGACAUGGCUCACCGAGGCAUGCUGGACAAUGAGAUGGAUCUUGUUGAGGAACUUUUGAUUGCUCAAAACGCGCACCCUGCUUUCUUGUCAAUUUUCGAGAGCCCGGAAAACAGACAUCCAGGGGACAUAGAAGUGGAAUCCCAUCUUUUUGCUGAUGAUGUGGAUGGUCGACUUGAGGCUGCAGCAUGGCCUGCAAUCACGUAUUUGCAUGCGCCUGGCUCUAGGAUUGUGCCAAAAAUGCAGACUGUGAUUUUCCCAGCGGACUUGAGUGACUUGCGGGAUGCCAGUUAUGCCUAUCGGGUUGUAAAGGCUGUACUAGAAGACUCUGAGCAAUCUUUACGAGUUGGAGUUGUACCUCAGCUAAAGGGCGAAAGCAAGACCAAUGAUAUGAGCAACAAUGUGGGGGAACUUGUAGCUGCCAUUCUUGUUGCUGUGGGUAAUUCAGACAAAGAAGCCCAUAUUAAGUUCAUAUUGGAAGCGCUAAACUGUGUUAUCAUGCAGAAGACGGCUGAUGCGAUGAAAGAGAAGCUUAUAGGAAUUUGGAAAACGACGAAGAAUAAAGAUAGUAGCAAGGACCUGGUGUAUGAUAAGGUUCUAGCUCUUUUGGAAAACAAGAUAGGGGGAUGGCUGACCACAACGCAGCGCGACAUCCUUACGCAGUUUAACACGCUUCUACGCUCGCGGUUCCCGCCUGCAUUUGAAGAAGAAAGUGAAGAAGGCUCUUCCAAGAUUGCCCUUCCACACCUGUUUAUCAACGGUAGGCAAGUGAUUCUUCCGUCUCAGUCGUUUUCAGAUGGAGAUAUGGCAACUAUCGCGAAAUUCGACCUCCAGUACCGCACCCAGCCUGUGGCCAAGGCGCUUCUCAAGCGCAGUGUCAUUCAGACGACUGAAGAUGCUGAUAAACUAAGUUUUGAUAUCAUGAAGACUACAGGCAUUGUUGAUAAGUACGUGAAGACCGAGCGAGAAUCGCGCCUGGAAGUGGAAGAGAACUCUCUGAACUCUGUUCGACUGCCUGGUGAUCCGUCCCUUCAGGUCGCAGCCUACGUGGAUCCGCUAUCCGAGGCAGCGCAGGUGAUUAGCUCCAUGCUCCGGACGUUUCACUCACAGCUAAACGCAACUAUCGAGCUGGUGCUGGUACCUGCAGAUGAGUACACGGAAUUCCCCUUGCAUCGCUUUUACCGAUACCUCUUUGAGAAAAGGCCAUCACUUGCUGCAACAAGCGUCGAGUUUCGCAAAUUACCUGUGCAACCAAUUUUGACUAUGAAAAUUGACACCCCUGAGGCGUGGAACGUACAGAGCCUUCACGCUGGUGAUGACCUGGACAAUUUGAGGGUGGAUCCUGAAAGUUUGACAGAGGUGAAGUCUACGACCAGAGCGGUGUUCCGGUUGGAGAGUCUUCUGGUGUAUGGCCAGUGCCGCGAUGCGACGUUGCAGAUGUAUUCACCGCCCAACGGUCUGCAGCUGGCCCUUGAGCGCGAAGUUGGUGCUCAACUACUGCACCGUGACACCCUAGUUAUGAAGAACUUGGGGUACUUUCAACUGCAGGCAACGCCUGGUGUCUGGUCCUUGCAUCUGGCAAGAGGAAGAGCAGCCGAUCUUUUCGACAUCAUUGACCCAGAGACAGAUCUUACGUUGAAGACCCACCCCAUCAUAGUUUACGACUUUGGCUCUCACAUUUUCCAGCUGCUUGUUCGUAAGAAAGAUGGCAUGGAACACGAAGAGCUAUUGCAGUCGGUCGAGGAUGCAGCAACAUCAAGUAAAUCAAAGUCUGACGCUGAUGCGAAAUCGACCGGCAAGGAUGAUGGAGCUCUUCGCUCGUACUGGAGCUCAAUGCUUAAGGUGAUGGGCAAGCACGACAAUGAGAUAGAAUCGACUCCUCAAGCUGUGGCUGACAAAACUGACGAAACAGACCUUACUAAUGAGGGUAAUGCCAUGCAGCAGAAGCAGCGCACGGGAGAGACCAUCCACGUUUUCUCGGUAGCAUCCGGUUACUUAUAUGAACGCUUUGUCAAGAUCAUGAUGUUAAGCGUUCUCAAGCGCACCAACAAUCCGGUGACAUUUUGGGUGCUUGAGAACUUUUUGUCACCUGACUUUAAAGCAUCCAUUCCAGCGCUGCGUGAACAGCUUGGCAUGGAUAUUCGACUUAUUACGUACAAAUGGCCUAAUUGGCUGCGUCAACAGACUGAGAAGCAGCGCAUUAUCUGGGGCUACAAGAUUCUCUUUCUGGACGUGUUGUUCCCGCUGGGUGUGCAAAAGAUCAUAUAUGUGGAUGCUGACCAAGUCGUGCGUGCUGACUUGAAGGAACUCCUGGAACUUGAUAUGGAAGGGAAGCCAUAUGGCUACACGCCGUUCUGCGAUUCUCGCAACGUUGGCUUUCAAUUUUGGCGUCAAGGUUACUGGAAGGACCAUCUGCGCGGAAAACCAUAUCACAUCAGUGCUCUUUACGUAGUUGACCUGGCGGUUUUCCGUCAGAUGGCUGCAGGCGACAUGCUGCGUGCAACCUAUAGCCAACUGAGCGCUGACCCCAACUCACUGGCGAACCUGGACCAGGACCUGCCGAACUUUGUGCAGCACCAGCUUCCUAUUUUCUCGUUGCCACAAGAGUGGCUCUGGUGUGAAUCGUGGUGUAGUGACGAGACCAAGGCUACAGCUAAGACUAUUGACUUGUGCAACAACCCGAAGCACAAGGAGCCGAAGCUGGAUAUGGCCAAGCGUGUCAUCGCAGGCGAACUCUUCAAAGAGUCCUGGAUUGAGCUUGACCAAGAGAUUAAGGAUGCUGAGACGAAAUACACAGCUCAGGCUGCUGCGUAA